GCCUCUGUGUGCCAGCUCAGCAGUUAUCGAGUUAAGUCUGAACAGGGAGUCUACCGGUGAUUCGGCGUUUCUCUCAGCGUGGUCUCAUCUCUUUCUCGUGCGCUCGAUCUCGUGCAGAAUUAGGAAAGCGACUGACAAAACAUUCUUAGUUUUUGUUCUUCCCCCGCACCUCCGAUUAGCACGGUUGGCUACGUACGGUGCGAAAGAAGUUCAACAUACAUACAUUCGUCAAUCACUCUGCCUUAAAAGGACCAACCACCGUGGUCAUUCAGCAAAUAUUUGACGACUGCGCGAAUUUCUAAAAAAAAAAACUACUAUUAUCACCUUUAUCACAAUGAAAUAGUACGAUCCAAUACAACGAAGGUAACAUCGUCCUAUAGUAUGUUCACAUGCGUAAUGCCAGCUCUGUGCGCUGAGAGCACGCUGCUACAUACAGCCUAUGUAUGCGCACUUCGCAUCACAGUUCAAGAUUCACUUUAAUCCGCAGUAUCUGUAAGAUGCCAAUGUGCAGUUCGUGGUGUCACGGUAGGUGCUGAUACAGGCUCCGCAGUGGUGUCCUGCAGCAGCAGCAACAGCUACUGCAGCAGCACGGAGUGAGAGACUGCCAAUGCGUGCUCCGCCUCCACGUGUUUCAUCCGCCUUUAGCUGCAGAGAAGGCUCCGUGCGUCCCUGCUGAUGCUGCUGCAUUACGCUUCUCUCUCUCGGCUCCCCACGAGCACGGCUCGCUGCUGCACCGAGGGUUCGGCACGGGACGCCCCUCCCCCAGCCCUGCCCCUGCUGCUGCUACUGCUGCAGCAUCAGCAGCAUCGCAAGCGCAGCAGCAGCGGCAGCGGCGCUCCGAUAAAUGACCGCGUCACCGGAGCGUCGCCGAUACCGCAGUGUGCGCCUGUGACGCCGCUCCCGCCGCGCGACGAUUCGCUGCCGCGCCGUGAAUGCCUCGUCCCGCUUCCAGCAUGGUCUGCGACUCGCAGCUGAUCGCAGACGAGGGGGAUGAUGAGAAGGGCGGCAUGCGGCCAGCCGGGCUGUGGCAGCGGACGGGCUCGGACGAGGCGCGGCACCGCGAGGCGCACAUCAGGGAGUUCCGCGCCGGGGACGAGGCCACGGUGCGGCGAAUCUUCAGCGAAGGCAUCCAGGAGCGGAUCCCCAACACGGCGCUGCGCGGACUGUGGGAGCAGCGCGGCAUCCAAGUCGUGUACGCGAUCAUCACGAUUUUUUGCUUGGGCCUAACACACUCGUUGCUGCUCACGUGCUGUGUGCCACUGCUGCUGCUGGCCCUGCGCUAUUACUACAGCCGCCAGCUGAUCUUGCGCUAUGCCAGCAACGCCCUCUGCAAAGACAUGGCCGACAUCCCGCUCAACUACAUCAAGACCCCAGGCUCCUGCUUCUGGGUGGCGGUGCUGGGCGGCGACGUGGUGGGCAUCGUUGGGGCCCGCGCUCACACGGAGGACAACACCGUGGAGCUGUGCCGCAUGUCUGUGGACUCGCGCUACCGCGGCCGGGGCAUCGCCAAGGCCCUUGGCCGCACGGUCAUCGACUUCGCGCUGGCCAACGGAAACACCGCGGUGGUGCUGAGCACGACCGCUGUGAAAAUCGACGCCCACCGUCUCUACCAGUCGCUGGGCUUCAAACACAUGGGUGUCACUGAAGAUUACGUGCUGCCCGGUAUGGACUUCUCGCUUCCCCAGCGCCUGUUCUUCCAGCUGCGCUACCAUCGCUACCGGCUUCAAAUCCGCGAGGAGUGAGUUCAGCUCGGCAGGGUCUCCCUGCAGUGGCCACCCACUGGCACUGCGUGCACGGCGUUGCCCUGCAGGCUGCCCCUAGCCCGUGGUUGCGUUGCUGCGCGCUUCCACGGGGAGUGUGGGCGGUGCGGCGACGGGAGGAGGACUCUUGCAUGCGACCCCGCAGGAGGGGGGAAACGUGUCCUAAAACAACUAAUACCCAGACACAAAUUUGACUUUUCCUUGCGCAGUUACUAAACGCUUGCUCCAAAAUUAUAUCUGAUUUGAAUUUGAAUGCGUACAUGAAAAGGUAAAAAGCAUGUUUAUUGUACAUACUUAAGGUAACUAAGCCAAAUAUAAUAUUCUUGAUUAUAACAAAACAAAUGUUUGGUUCGAGAUGAAUUUAAAGUUCAUCUGUAAUGCAAGGGGAUGCUCGACUUGCCUGCGUAAUUCAUUCUUCGGGAGCUCCACGUCAGGUCUUGACUGCCAGUUGCAACGUCUGAUUUAAUAGCGAGGCAUUGCUCGAACUCACGUCCCACAGCUGCUGCUGUCGCCACCACCACCGCCGUCGUUCCCAAUCGACUGUGCACGAGCGGCCUGCACGAGCGGCCUGCACGGGGCCCACGCGGGGCCCACGGGGGGCCCACGCGGGGCCCACGUGGGCCCACGCGGGCUCGGCCGCCACUGCCGCUCCCUGGCCCCGUCGAGCUGGGGCCGUGCGCGCGGGGACGCUGAGCGCGGCGCGGGGGGUGGCGUCCCCGCUGCCACCUUCACGGAAAUUUGGCACGAAAGAUCAAAAUCGCCUGCGAGCAGCCCACUCUGAACCAAACGAAUCACCCCCCCCCCCCCCCACGAUGAUGCAAUAAUGCCUGUUUGUACGUCACGGUGUGUGUGGUGAGUUGUUACAUUUUGUGUUUAAAGUGACUUUAGUUUGAAACGAGUACAGUACCCGGAAGGCCUUAAGUAAGAAACGUAAGCGAGACGAAGGGCUGGGCUGGGGGGGACGCAGUGCUGUGUGGAUGCGUUGAGAACGCAGAGGGCCCUGCACGCUGCCACCGCGUGAAGCGGGCACAGCACAAAGAACCCGCGGUGUGGGGAUCGGAACCUCAUGUGCCUCGACGAUCCCUCCCUCUACAUGUGGUUCUUGGCUACAUACACUCAACGAAUAGUAGCUCUGCUACCUUGAGCUCAAUGGAAAUCGCAGUCGUGAUGUUGAAUGUACCCGGCUAUCGGCAUUGACGAGCUUCGGGCACUUUCGUGAAUACGAAUUUGUGAGUUGUCGCAUUGAAGUCGGCUGUAGACUAGCCGGCGGGCUUCUCUGUUCACGUUAACCCGGGUUUACGUCUCCCCUUGUUGGUUUAGUUGCGUUAAAGCCUAUUUAAUUAAAAAAGUGUGUUUUUCUUACGUCUAAAUGUAAGAGUGGACGAUGUAAGCGAGGCGUGACAGAGCGAGGCGGCAUGGCUGGGGGUCGUCUCCACUCGAAGUGACCGCGCUGACAGCAGCGGGGGGUAAGACGGGCGCAAGCGAAGCGGCUCAGGAGCCUCGCGUGGCUCAGGCGCCUCGCGUGGCUCAGGCGCCUCGCGUGGCUCAGGCGCCUCGCGUGGCUCAGGCGCCGCACGUGGCUCAGGCGCGACCCGGAGGGGCAGAGCGACCGCGGUCUCUGCCGCACGGCUGGACGGGAUUGGGGCCUUGGGAUCGGGGCCCUUGAUCAGAAAUUGAAUUCGCGUUAUCGUUAAGUCGCCUUGCUUAUAAUGGAAGGGGGGGGGGGGGGCAAAAUCAAUCAAAACUUAAUGUGUAAGCAUUCGUGAAUGGAGUUGGCCAAACAUCUCAAUAUAGGGCCACAGAGCUUGGGUAAUUGUUGGUAGUGUCGGUUCUGGCAGCCUUGCUGCUUGGAGUGUUUUCGGUGCCUCCAAGCAAAACAAAAACUGUGCGCGCUGUAGACGCUCUACACAAAAAGCGUUUUGAGAUGCAACCUGCACGGACAACACCGCUAUACACAAAUACCACUUCAUUAUUAUUAUAUCUCUCUGUGCGAAAAGGCAAAGGCUUAAUUGGGACGUAACUGGUGAAAUAUUAAGAACAAAUAUGUAUGGAAUGAAAAGACAUGUUCAAAGCACAAAUUGGCAUUAUCUCAUUGUCACCACCCUCGUGUGAACAAUGCCACACACUGUCGCCUGCAUAGCUCAUUCUGUACGAGCGGAAAGCUCUUAGCUUCCGAAUAAAAAUAUCAAAUGAAUUACCUCAAAAUGCAUUUUUAAAUGCACGUUAAGUAAAGUUAGAUUGGAGACAAAACUGUGAAUAGUAAAGUUAUGAAUAAGUAAGACUUUGGCAUUAACUCUAUUAGUCGUGUAACACUAUAGUGACAGAAUAGAGAGUAGUGGCGUUGUGGUUAGCGCCCCUUGCUACGAACCCAGCCACCCGAGUUCGGUUCCCGCUCACGAACAAUAAAAGUGACGAAUACGCGAGCUGGUCCUGGGCCUCUCCUGGGUCUACUCAACCUUAAUUUAGCAUCAGGUGCCAUGUGCAAGCAUCAGCACUGGUGAGACAACGGCGUCGUGCUGGGCACCCCUUCCCUCGUGUGCCGUGCCGGCCUUAAUAGGUGCUCUCUCACAGCACUUGCCCCAGCAGUCUGUGAAGGUGACACGGGGAGACUUUAUCUCGUGGCAGCGCACAUCUGGUACAUUUUGUUGACCUUUUUCUUCUUUCGUAUAGAACGUGCAAAGCUCCAGCUUCGUGUCUAGCUGCGCGUGUUGAUUGUGGACGUGGGUCCUGCAAUACGGCGCGUGUGGGGCAAUAAGCGGGGACGCUAACGAUGGAUCACACUUCACUGCAGUCACAAUUAAAACUCGCGCAGAGACCCAAAGAAACCUACAGUCCCACAUAGUAACCCAUAGACCCACAUGAAGAUCCAUCCUAUACAAUUACCGUAGGAAUAAUUCGACUGCUGUAGAAACCUAUAUACCUACAAAGACUCACAUAGGCAACUAUACCCAUAGACACCCAUAGACCCACACAGAUACCCGUAGACCCACAUAGAGACCCAUAUUACACACCACAGCGUGAGGUGAGUGAUGGCUUUGCGCUUCACAGCAACUCUGCGGCUCCUCCAUUGUCGUCUUGCAGGCGACGUGGCCGUCCCUAACGCGGCUCGCUGCAGCCCCGGGUCUCUGCGACGCGGAGAAGCCACGCGGCACCUCUGUUGGAUCCUCAGUCGGUGUCUCGUUCGGGACGUCGCAGGCUGAGCACCACGUAAAUUUCACCGCUGGCUUAUCGGUGCCUUUUCCUGUUGACCAAGCGUCGGGGGAUGGGUCCAGGAGGGUUUAAUAGACACGGGCGGCGGGUAGUGGCGAUUUGAUGCCUUGAUGUAUUUGUAAGUUAUCUCAUUGUAUUAUUAUUAUCAUCAUCAUCAUCAUCCCCUCAUUGUUUUGUCGGAGUACGGCAGCGUAUCGUCUCAUGUUCCAUGGUGGGAGUGCUCGAGACUUCAUUCUUGCAAUGAGCCACUGUGAGCGGAGGCCUGCACCGUGUGUCUGAGGCCAUACACGAGGCAUUGGGAAGACGCUUUGAGGAAACGUUUUAAACGUCUCAGAACAAAUGUAUUCUCGUAGAAAGCCAUAUAAUUAGCUUUCCUGAUAUAAUUAAAUUAUUUUUAAACGUUUGAAAAUACCCUUGUAUAACGUAUGCGCAACUCAGACUAAUUACACUCGAAUCUAUACACACCCCUCCGCAGUAUUCACAUCUCAAUUAUAUCAACUUUACAACUUCGCGAUUGUGGAGGAGCCCAUUUGUUGGCAGGGCAAUCGGAGAGUAGGGGAAUGUCUGUAUCUGUACAACACCAUCACAGGCGUCACAAACCACCACUGUGACAUCACAACCGAUCAUUGUGAUGUCACACACGAUCAUUGUGAUGUCACACACGAUCAUUGUGAUGUCACACACGAUCAAUGUGAUGUCACACACGAUCAUUGUGAUGUCACAAAGGAUCAUUGUGAUGUCACACACGAUCAUUGUGAUGUCACACACGAUCACUGGCAGAAGGAACUCCGAGUGUUAGGGGAGGUGUCCUGAAAUGUAACCUCAACAUUUACAACAAACGAAUUUGUUUUACACAUCCGCAUUGAAAUAAUAAGUGAAACCAAUUAGGAAGUGUAUUGAACGAAGUCGUAUUUUUUAGUAAAACUGUAGACUUAACAGAACCGUUAAGGUACUGCCUGGCGCAUGGAGCUAAUGAUCGAUAAUAAAUGUUGCUAUGCAAGUAUUGCUAAAAGCGUUUGUUAAGACGCCCCGACCAAAGCAUGCCACUUGCGAAUGCGUUACCCUCGGUGAGUGCUUUGCACUGCGCUGACAUCCAACCACGUGACACCGUCAGUGACGUCACGGCACGCGCCACAAAUGCGUCCCUAUAACGCCAACACGACUGUCAGCAUGCACUGACGUUCAGCCACAGCGGAGAAGCUAUUUAAGCCCGAGUUGCACUGCUGCUUUGAAUGUUGAUAUUGUGCAACGAUGUAACGCGCGUAUGUAACGUUGGUGAACUUUAACGAGACUGGAACAAUGCCGUAGCACAAGUGUAAAACAAAGGUGGGAGAAUAUCACGCGUUCACGUUUACUACUGAAGUUCUCGCCGCUCCCAGAAGGCUGCUCUGAGCGGGAUUAAUGUGUCUGCGACCCUCGGAGUGUUUUAUAACUUCGUUAUAGCGAUACAUCCCUUCUCAAUACGGCUUCAAAUGACCACUCUCACACACACACCGUGCACUAAGUUGUAAGUUUAAAACGGCCAACUUCAAUGUAGCCUUGUGAGUGCAUGUUGGCCAGAAGUGAAUAUCAAGUGAACGCGUUUCAACCCCUAAGGGAGGGGUGCAAGACAUUCACUCCUCGCUCACUCGAAGGGAAGUGAAUAAGAGCGGAUAUACAUUGCACUGAAUAAUACUGAAUAACACUUCAACAAUACUGAAUAACACUGAACAAUACUGAAUAACAUUGAAAAAUGCUGAAUAACACUGGACAAUACUGAAUAACAUUGAACAAUACUGAAUAACACUGAACAAUACUGAAUAACACUGAACAAUACUGAAAAACAUUGAACAAUACUGAAUAACAUUGAACAAUACUGAAUAACACUGAACAAUACUGAAUAACACUGAACAAUACUGAAUAACAUUGAACAAUACUGAAUAACACUGAAUAAUACUGAAUAACACUGAAUAAUACUGAAUAACACUGCACAAUACUGAAUAACAUUGAACAAUACUGAACAACACUGAA